UAUACUGCAUCAGAGUCGCAGCUUGCUCCAGGAUCUCUACAUUGUACAUCAAAGCAGAACACAAUGGCUCAAACCGAACGAAUUCGUCAACGCAGACCUCUUAGAGGACAAUCUCAGGAUCAACCUACUUCAAGGAAAAGCCAUCCCCAGGAGAAAAGUUUCCUAUCCAACUGCUGCAAACAGAUAUUAUACAUCGAUGGUGUAUUGUUCCUGAUGUUGGUUAUCUACCUCAUGCUCAAGUCAACGCCAGUAGAUCCUGAAGCAUAUCGCUUGCCCCCUCCAAGACCUUGGACUGGUCCCUUGGCGGAGAAUAACAAGCUUCAACAAGGCAAAAGAUUGGUGGAGAAUAAAGUCUUUGGACCAGAGUCACUUGCUCUCAAGAAUGGGAGACUCUACACUGGCACUGUAGAUGGUAAAGUAGUUGAGAUCAGCAAUGAGAAAGAUGUCAAGGUAGUAGCUCGACUAGGAGGCUCUACGUGUGGUGAUACAAUGGGUGAAGAAGAGAGAUGUGGAAGGCCUCUAGCAGUGCGCUUCAUAGAUGAGAAGCUGUAUGUCAUGGAUGCUUUCUUUGGAUUGUACCAGCUGGAUAUCACAGGAGGAAAUUUGCCUAAACAACUGGUUUCCACAAAAACUAGCCAUGGAGGUCACACGAUGAAGUUCGCUAAUGACUUUGAGCAGCUAGACAAUGGAACGUUCCUCUUCUCCGAUACAAGCCACAAGUGGCACAUGACACAGAAUGGGCUACUGGUCCUGGAGAAUAAGGCCUGUGGCAGAUUGCUCUGGUAUGACCCCGAGACCAAGACCAGUGGGGUAGUGAAGGACGGACUCUACUCUCCCAACGGCAUUCAGCUCUCACCCAAGAAAGACUUCCUCCUCAUAGCAGAAUCAACCAGAUAUCGUAUCUCAAAAUAUUAUGUGAAAGGUCCAAAGGCGGGCAAAACCGAGAUAUUUUCUGACAACCUGCCGGGCAUGCCAGACAACAUCAGCCCGAGUCGCAACGGGGGCUACUGGGUGGGCUUCGCACUGGCCAACUCCAGGAUGGGACCCAUGAAGAUGGACGUGGUCGCCCCUUUGCCCUGGCUUAGGAAAAUUGUGGCCAAGCUUGUUGAUCCUACUUCGCUGGUGUCCUACAUGCCCCAGUACGGUCUCAUCAUAGAGCUGAAUCAGAAGGGAGAGAUCGUCCAAAGUCUCCACGAUCCCUCAGGAAAGGUUGUGCCUUCCGUCAGCGAGGUCCUCGACACUGGAGAUGCUCUCUACCUUGGAUCUUAUCAUUCUCCAUUCAUUGUCAAAGUAGAUUUAUAAUAUAUCAAAGACCCAUUCAGUCCUAAGUAUUAGGUUUUUGCUGAGCAUCACCAUUUCUAGUCAAAAGUAGACUUA